CUGUAGAACAGCUGUAAUGAAACGUCAUGCGUGCUGAGGCUUCAGUCUGCAGCUCAGUCAGCUUGCUGAAGCCGUCGCAGUUUCUUCUUUGUGCAAUCCCGAUUAAAAACGAUCAUCCAGCAAAUUCCAGUGAGAACGGAACAAGCUAGGGCUGCCUCUGCGCUGGACUACUGGAAGACCAAUGGAAGUCAACCAGAAUGUGGUGCAUGCGCCCGUUGGCGGUGGCCUACAUCCGAGCUACACAUCAUCCAAAUACACAGGCUCAUGUGACAAUUACCAGCCUACUCAAAUUUACAUGGAACCCACCGAGCGAACUCCUCUACUGCCCGGCGGCAGCUCCUACAUAUCCGAAACAUCGUCCACUUCUGCCACAGUUCUUUUGUCUCCAGCGAUAUACACAAAGGAGUGCAUCAAUUGGCGCACCAUCGGACUGCUCUUGAUGUUCAUCAGCGGACUGGUGAUGGCCACCUAUUUGCUCUGGCAACAAACACUCGCUCGGCCGUAUAAUGGCUACAAAUUGAAUCUGAUCAGACAUGAUAUUUGGAGUGGCGCACAUUUGCAUGAUAUCGCCCAGCUGGAGGCCAACAAAGUUGUCAAUGUUUUCAUUACGCACACGGCGAGCGAGGAGUGCAGCGAGAACUGUGCGAGUCUGCUGCAUGGUCUGCAGCGUGCACACAUCGGUGAGCUGCCGUUUAAUUUCCUCUUGGCUGGCGACUGCGAGACCUACGAGGCGCGGGGCUGGCAGUAUGUGAGCAGCUUUGCCGAGCUGCCGCAGUCGAGCUCCCUCGUGCUGGCCUUUGUUGGGGAGUUCAGCCAGUGGCUGCCUAGCUUGUGCCAGCUGCAGAUGGCUCAGGCGCUGCUCUGGGAGUCGCAGAGGCGCCUGAAGCUGCAGCCCGGCUAUCAGCUGUACGCGCUGCGCAAUGUGAGUCGCAGUGCGAGGGAUGCAGACGCACUGCAUCGCCAGCUACAGCACUGGCCGUUCUAUGCCGGCCAGCUGGAAGUGAAGUAAAUGACGCUGGCCAGUCGUUCCUCUCGUUUUGUUCUCUUUUAUUAUUGUACUCC